CGCGCGCGCGCACACACACACACACACUUCCUUCGCGGCCGCCUUCUUCCAGGGACGCGCCGACUUGCUAAUGCCGGGCUCUCCGUUUGUGAGGCACAGCUAAAGGGCACGGAAGCGAACGCGAGCGGUAGCGGGAGCGCGUAUUCCGGCGGAGUGCGCGCGCGCGCACAUGAUAUAGACUGCAUGACGGCAGAUCCGCGCAGACGCGCGUGCAUAUUUGUAUACUAUAUAUCCGGCGUUCGGCUGGUGUGUCCCCUCCUGUUUGCAGUUUUGAAGAUACUCCUCAAUUAACAAUAAUUUUUUUUUUCUUGCGCCAGUUAUAUUCCGUCGGAUUUGGGCUCGAUCCCCCUUUUCUUCACUCAGUCCUGCCCCCGGUCCCCCCCUUCUCUCUCUCUCUCUCUCUCUCUCUCUCUCUCUCUCUCUCUCUCUCUGCCGAAGUCCACCGCUCUUCAUCAAGGCAACAAAAAUUCGCUGUCUAGGAAUUGGCUAUGAAGCCGGCAGCGAAAAUCGCAUUUAAGUAAAGAAAAGUGACAACAAGAAGGACUGAAUAUUUUCUGAGGUCUGCAUGAAGGAGGGACAGAAAGUUAGAGAUUGAAGAAGAGCAAAGGAGAAAGAGAGAGGAGGGGAUACAGUCGAUGGAUGUUGCCCGGAUUGAAGGGACAGCACAUUCUGCACUGACAAGGCCAGAAAAGCAGUCAAAAUUGAGGGGAAAGGCAGAAAUUCACCUGGAGGCAUGGUCUGGUGUGAGAAGGGGAUCCAGAUCUUGCUCACCAUAGUCGGGGCCUUUGCGGCCUUCGGCUUGAUGACCGUAGCUAUCGGCACAGACUACUGGCUUUAUGCCCGUGCCUUCAUCUGCAAUAGCACCGCCAAUUCCUCUCAGGAUGACACGCACAACAAGGACAAGAAGGACCCAGGUGCUCUCACUCACUCUGGCCUCUGGAGGAUCUGUUGCUUGGAAGGGCUGAAAAGAGGCGUAUGCUCACAGAUCAAUCAUUUCCCUGAAGAUGCUGACUAUGACCACGAUGGGGCGGAAUACCUUUUGCGUGUGGUUCGAGCUUCCAGUAUCUUCCCUAUCCUUAGUGCUAUCCUUCUACUCACGGGUGGCGUGUGCAUUGCCGCCAGCCGCUUUUACAAAAGCAAGAGAAACAUAAUACUGGGAGCGGGCAUUCUCUUUGUGGCUGCAGGUCUCAGCAACAUCAUUGGGGUAAUAGUGUACAUCUCGGCAGCGCUGGGCGACAUCUCCCCCAAGAAAGAUGAGGACAAGAAGUGGCACUACUCCUAUGGCUGGUCCUUCUACUUUGGCGGUCUGUCCUUCAUCCUGGCGGAGAUGGUGGGCGUUCUGGCCGUCAACAUCUACAUUGAAAAGAAUAAGGAGCUGCGCUGCCGCUCGCGCACCGACCUUUUUAAGAGCACCACCCACGCCAUGCUGCGGCUUCCCAGCUACCGCUUCCGACACCGCUCACGCUCCAGCUCGCGCUCCACCGACCCCUCCCGCUCCCGCGACCCCUCCCCUGUGGGUGGGGGAAAGAACUUUGGGCUGGCCCCCCCUGCCCCGCUUGCUCCGGGGCCGACAGGGCCUUACUCCGUUGCCACUCUGCCGAACCCCCACUCACAUUCGCAUUCCACGCUAGGGGGUGACAUCUCGAUGUACACCCUUGGGAGGGAUUCCAAACUGGCGGGCUUGGGUGGCAUGGGAGGAGCGCCCAUGUAUGGGACAGUGGACCGGGCCACCCUCUACCAGCUGCAUAACUGUUUUCCAAAGGAAGGGGGCGGUACAGGGGGGGCGAUGCUCAGCGGCACAUUGCCCUCGCUGUCCAAGUCAAAGGCUAACAACCCCACACUGGCUCAGAAUUCUUCUGCCUCCAACACCCCUCUUCCCAGUUCCUCUGCCUCUUCUGUCCCACCCCCCCAGCCCCCUCCGCUGUCCACCUCCACAGUGGAGAGGGAGAGGGCAGUGGGUACUUUGGAUAGAUUAGGCAAAGUAGAAAGAGAGAGGGAGACCUCCAAUUCCAACACCCUGAAUAGGAAGACCACGCCAGUGUAGGGUGGGCGGUAGAUGAGUGGAGGCGCCGGUGAUGUCGUAAAGGGUAGUAAUGGAGGACAGAGAAAGGCCGCGUGUGGAGGGAAGAAGCUGCAGUCUAUAUUGUCUCUGUCUCCCAGCUUGAUUCAUGCUCUGCAUUGCUGGUUCCCAAAGCACAACUCAUUCAGCGAAUCAGAUCUUGAUGCUGACUUGAUCUGCUGAGUCAGUUGUGCCGCAGGUGGAAUGGAGGGAAUGUAUGGAACGGCUGGACGCCUCCUAGGAGAAAUUUGGGAACCACUGCUCCGUGUCCAUGACAGUAGAAAAAAAAAAAAAUCGUUCGGUAUUGCAAAAGGUAAUAACCAUCACAAUGUUCUACGGUUUUAUUAAAAAAUCUUUAGUUAAUUUCCUG